UUUUGCUUUGUUUAGAGUUUGGAUUUAAUUCCAGCAAGUCUCAUCCACCUCUUUUUCUCCACCUCUCCUCUUGAUAUCCUCAGAGACUCGCCUCCCGCUUGUAGUUUCUCUUCCAUCGGUAGUGUGAGGGGGGAAAGCGGCAGGGGCUUUGAAUGAAUGGGAACGGAUAGUGUUGAGUGCGUCUCAUUGGUGGAUGGGAUGGAGGAGGACGAGGCGACGCAUACCUACAAACACCAACCCUUCUGUAAGAAUUUUGGAAGUGGGGGUAUUGGCCAUGGCUGGGGCAUGGCGAGGCCUAGGAUGCCAAUCGUGAUCAGUGUGAACGAGCUGCUCGAAUGUCCUGUCUGCACCAAUUCGAUGUACCCCCCGAUUCACCAGUGCUGCAAUGGGCAUACUCUUUGUUCGACAUGUAAGGCGAAGGUGAACAAUCGUUGCCCGACAUGUAGACAGGAGCUUGGAGACAUUAGAUGUUUAGCUCUGGAAAAGGUGGCUGAAUGUUAUAAACUUCCUUGUAAAUACUACUCGCUGGGAUGCCCUGAAAUCUUCCCAUACUACAGCAAGCUUAAACAUGAAUCCCACUGUACCUUCAGACCAUACAACUGCCCUUAUGUCGGCUCUGAAUGUGCCGUUGUUGGGGAUAUUCCUUUACUUGUUUCACAUCUAAAGGAUGAUCACAAGGUAGACAUGCACAGUGGCUGUACUUUCAACCAUCGAUACGUGAAGUCCAAUCCUAGAGAAGUCGAUAACGCCACCUGGAUGCUCACUGUUUUCAAUUGUUUUGGUCAAUAUUUCUGCCUUCACUUUGAGGCCUUCCUGCUUCAUAAGGCCCCUGUAUAUAUGGCAUUUCUUCGAUAUAUGGGUGAUGAGAAUGAUGCAAGGAAGUAUUGUUAUAGUCUUGAGGUAGGCGCAGAUGGCCGAAAGAUGAUAUGGGAGGGAGCUCCUCGUAGCAUCCGCGACAGCCAUCAAAAGGUUCGCGAUGGUUAUGAUGGUCUCAUAAUCCAGCGAAAUAUGGCACUCCUCAUCUCUGGUGGUGACCAAACGGAGUUGAAGCUAAGGGUCACUGGUCGGAUAUGGAAGGAGCUGUCCAACCCUGAAUCUGGAGUUUCCUUGCCCACCCAACACCUGUAGCUGAAACUAGCAAUCAGGUGCGGUGUGCGGUGCCGUCGGGGAAUGAACUUUGUUGUAUCUAUACUCUUUGGCUUCGUUUGAGGGGAAAUUAUUGGGUUCGGAUACCAGACACAGCUAACGUUUGGUACUUCACAGUACCGAGCAAUACUGAGCUCGGUACUAUGAAGUACUGAGCUCGGUCUUGCUUGGUACUGCUCAGUACCGAGUAGGAGGUGAUGUGACGCAUUUUCAUUGGCUCUGGACGUCGUCCGGUGUCCGAACCCAAUAAUUUCCCUCGUUCGUUCGUUUGAGGCAGUUUUUUUGGCUAUUUUAUAAAACUGCUUUUUAGUUGUACUAAAAAGCCGUUUUAAAAAAUAGCAAAGAAAUUGUUCCAAACAAAGCCUUAAUUGCAUCAGUACCAUCUCUGUGCUGUAAGAUAGAAAAGGAGGAAAGAUGCAAGUUGUACAAGCAUAUACUGAGAAUUCUUUUCAAGACCUGUUUAUUGAUAAAUGUUCAUUUCAUAAAUUUUCUGUGACAAUGGUAGCUAUAUUGUUAGACA